AGCGAAUCUGCCAGGAGCAGUUUGUCGGAGUUGAGAUGGAUAUAAAUACGUGGAUGAUCUCGCCGAUGCUUGGGUUCUCUCCAUCAGUCUCCAUUGUCUUCUCAGGAACACAGCCUUCGACCGACCUCGCCCACCGCCAGUCCCUUGCCUCCCGUUGCCUAACAGCAAACCACCAAAAGCCCAACCGUCAAGAUGAAGUUCACUCCUGUUCUUGCUGCCACCAUCCUCGCCGGCGUUGCCGCUGCUGCCCCCGGCCGUGGUCUCGAGGCACGCGUCAAGGCCCGGGCCAGCAACACCAACAACGGCAAAGGCUCGCGUCCCCUGCAGGCGGUUGACAAGCCCUCGACCGUCAAGAACCAGACCAACGUCGAGUACAGCUCCAACUGGUCCGGUGCCGUGCUGGUCAACCCCCCCUCCGCGGCGGCCACCUACACCGCGGUGACCGGCACCUUCACCGUCCCCGAGCCCACUGGCUCUGGGUCUGGCAGCCAGGCUGCCUCCGCCUGGGUCGGCAUCGACGGCGAUACCUACUCCAACGCCAUCCUGCAGACCGGUGUCGACUUCACCGUCACCGAUGGCCAGGCCUCCUUCGACGCCUGGUACGAAUGGUACCCCGACUACGCCUACGACUUCUCCGACCUCGAGAUCUCCGCCGGCGAUGUCAUCGUGACCGUCGUCGAGUCCUACUCCUCCACCAGCGGUAUCGCCACCAUCGAGAACCAGAGCACCGGCAAGAAGGUCUCCCAGGAGCUCUCCUCCAGCUACGCCCUCGGCGGCAUCAAUGCCGAGUGGAUCGUCGAAGAUUUCGAGGAGGGUGACUCCCUCGUCAACCUGGUGGACUUUGGCACCGUCACCUUCACCGGUGCCGUCGCGGAGGCCGCCGGUGGGGAGAGCGUUGGUGUUGACGGCGCCACCAUCAUCGAGAUCGUCAACGACGACGACCAGGUGGUGACCGAUGUCACCAUUGACAGCGACUCCUCGGUGACCAUCCAGUACGUCUAAGUGUCUGGACGGACUGCCUUUGUCGUCCCGUCAAGUGAACGAACUGGGCGGCUUGAGAUGUCUGAUGAAGCAAUGAUUGGAGGCCAACUGGGUCCCGCGACGAGGAGAAAUAGAGCUGUUCCUGUUUGAGACGUUGACAAGCCUAGC